AUGAUGAGACGUUUGUCGCGAGUUUUGGGCCGAAGUUCGUCUGAGAAGGAGGUUCAGCAGGAGGCUACGCAAACCAAUGGCGCCCCCGAACCCAAUGGUGUAGCCAACGGUGUGGCAGCUAAGACGGGGGAGCCUGAGCCCUGGAUUGUUGAGGAACGCUCAAUCGAUGCAUCUCGGCCCAUGCGAGUUGUGGUUAUUGGUUCUGGAAUCUCAGGCAUAAUUUCUUCGAUUCGUCUUCGGCAAAGGAUUGGCAAGUUGGAUCUCCAAGUAUACGAGAAGAAUGCGGAUAUUGGAGGUACCUGGCUUGAGAACAGAUAUCCGGGCUGUGCUUGUGACAUUCCUGCCCACACAUAUCAGGCCACAUUUGAGCCGAACAAGGAGUGGUCAACUUUCUACGCUGCGGCGCCAGAAAUCCACAAGUACUGGAAACGUGUGUCGGGGAAAUAUGGCUGCGAAAGAUACAUCAAGUUUAAGCACCAGGUUGUUGGUGCAACAUGGGAUGGCGUGCGAAGCAAGUGGACAUUGAAGGUGACAUGGUCUCCAUGCUCGGUCAUAUGUGUUCAGGUGAAAAACAUCGACAACGAUGAAAUCUUUGAGGACCAAUGUGAUGUCUUAGUGUCCGCUAGCGGUGCGCUGAACGAAUGGAAAUGGCCCACCAUUCCCGGCCUCCAUGACUUCAAAGGGAAGUUGAUACACAGUGCCAACUGGGACGAGAGCUAUGACUACAGUGGUAAAAGGGCUGCUGUCAUCGGGAACGGAUCCAGUGGAAUCCAGAUCGUCCCUGGGAUGCUGCCAAAGGUGACACACCUGGACCACUACAUCAGAGGUCGCACUUGGCUCUCCCCCACAUUUGCGCGUGAGCAAGUCGACAAGCGCAGCUCAGAGCUUGAAAAUUUUUCUUUCACUCCUGAGGAAAUUGAGACUUUCAAGAAAGAUCAUUCAGCAUACCAGAAGUUUCGAAAAGAAAUUGAGACAGAACUGCAAUCUGUUCACGGCUGUACCCUUGUCGGAACGCCAGAGCAAGUGGGCGCUACAGCUUUCUUCACGGAGAAUAUGAAGCGUCGGCUACGAAACAAGCCAGAACUCGUCGAGGAGCUGUUGCCAUCGUUUGCGCCAGCCUGCCGCCGACUGACUCCUGGGCCUGGAUAUCUUGAGGCUCUCACAGAUGAUAAGGUCGACGUCAUAUCGUCUCCCAUUGUCAAGAUUGUUGAGGAUGGUGUUGUUACAGAGGACGGAAAGCAUCAUCCAACGGAUGUUCUCGUCUGCGCCACCGGCUUCAAUACCACUUUCACACCACGGUUCCCCAUUAUUGGCAAAGAUGGACUGUCUCUGGCAAAGCGAUGGGAGGAAACGCCAGAGAACUAUCUAUCCCUCGCAGUGGAUGGGUUCCCCAAUUACUUUAUCUGUCUGGGCCCCAACGCAGCGCUGGGUGAGGGAAACCUGCUUCUCCUGAUCGAGAAUGAGAUCGAUUACAUCACACGUUGUAUUGAGAAGAUGCAACGAGACAACAUCCGAGCUAUGGAUGUGCAAAAGAAAGCUGUGACGCAGUUCAGACGGCACUGCGACCAGUACUUCUCACGGACAGUGUUUGGUAUGGAAUGUCGUAGCUGGUACAAGGGGGGAGAAUUAAACGGGAGAGUUAUGGCAUUGUGGCCCGGCUCCUCUCUUCACGCGAUGAAGGCUCUUAGCUCUCCUCGGUGGGAAGACUACACUUACGAGUACGUCAACGACAAUCCCAACGGUUGGAUUGGCGACGGCUGGGCAGAGGACGAGAAGAACAAGAUCAUCAAGGUUGAUUAUCUGGAUGAUGAUAAAAUUGACUUUCCCACAACUGUAAUUGACAGGGAGAACCUUGAGAAAGGCAUGAAUGGGGCGGCGCACUGA